GAACAAAGAGCAUGGAGUACAUGCCCUAAAAAUAUUGUCGCCAAAUGUCCAUCUUGAAACCACCAGCGUGGGCCCAGCCCAACAACCUUCCGACCCAAAAAGCCCAACAACCAUAUACUCACCAGACGAGGGUAUUCUAGUAAUUUCACUCCCACUUUCCUCCGCUUUAUCCUCCUCCUGGCCUUCCGUCGAAGAGCAGAUUAGGGUUUCGAUUAGCCCUAAUCCUCCAUUUCGCAAUUAGGGUUUUGUUUUCUCUCUUCCCCCUGGGGUUGGGUUCUGGGAUUUCUUCGUCGUCAAUGGCGGGGGUGGAGGAGGCAUCUGGGGUUUGCAUCAACGAGGCGCUGACGGACGACGAGCUCCGGGCGGUUCUGGCGAAAUUGCAAAGCGACAAGGACAAGGAGGUCUUCGGGUUGGUUUGCAAGAGAUGGCUACAUUUGCAGAGCACCGAGCGGAAGAAGCUGUGCGCCAGGGCGGGGCCUCUCAUGCUUCGCAAGAUGGCUGCGAGGUUCUCGCGGUUGGUUGAGCUGGACCUGUCGCAGUCCGUUUCCCGAUCCUUUUACCCCGGCGUCACGGACUCCGAUCUCAAGGUUAUUGCAGAUGGGUUCGGUUGUUUGCGCGUGCUUGGCUUGCAGCAUUGCAGAGGUAUUACUGAUGCUGGACUCAUGGCUAUUGGACGUAAUCUUUCUCAUUUACAGUCUCUAGAUGUAUCCUAUUGCAGAAAGCUAACAGACAAGGGGUUGUCAGCAAUUGCUGAGAGCUGUUGCGACCUAAGAAGCCUGCAUCUUGCUGGCUGCAGGUCUGUUAAUGACAAAGUAUUAGAAGCUCUUUCCAAGAACUGUCACAAUCUGGAAGAGUUGGGCCUGCAAGGAUGCACCUACAUAACUGACUCAGGGCUUACAUUUCUUGUUAAGGGAUGUCAACGGAUGAAGUUCUUAGACAUCAAUAAAUGCAGCAAUAUUAGCGAUAUUGGGGUUUGCAGUGUUUCAAUGGCUUGUUCGUGUUCUCUUAAGACACUAAAGUUAUUGGAUUGCUACAAAGUCGGGGAUGAAUUGGUGUUGUCCUUGGCCCAAUUCUGUAAAAAUCUGGAGACUCUCAUCAUUGGUGGUUGCCGGGACAUUUCUGAUGAGUCAAUAAAAUCAUUGGCCAUUGCUGCUUGUAGUCACAGCCUGAAGAACCUGCGAAUGGACUGGUGUUUAAAUAUAUCUGACCUGUCAUUGAAUUGCAUCUUCUGUAAUUGUAGGAAUCUAGAGGCUCUUGAUAUUGGAUGCUGUGAGGAGGUGACAGAUGCUGCUUUUCAGGGACUAAACAAAGGUGGAAGUAAGUUGGGAUUGAAAGUUUUGAAGGCCAGCAACUGUCCGAAAAUAACAGUGGCAGGGAUAGGCAUGCUUUUGGACUCAUGCAACUCUCUAGAAUACCUUGAUGUGAGGUCAUGCCCGCAUGUUACAAAGGCAGGUUGUGAUCAAGCUGGAUUACAGUUUCCUGAAUAUUGUAAAGUGAAUUUUUUGCGUAGUUUAUCAGAGCCAGAUGUCCUAGUUUGAGAUAAGCUCUGCCUCUGGUACUUCAAUGGGUUAUGACAACAAAAGAAGAGAAUUUGAUUGCUCUCUCACUGCAGAAGGCAAUCUUGUCCGUGGAGAUGAAGAGCAGGCCUGCUAUGGGGCCUGCUGUUGUUGAUAAGUAGCAUUGGGAAGCCUUCAAUAGCUUUUCUCCUUCUCUAACCCGAAAAAGUCGCUUGAAAAUUUUCUCCACUCCGCCUACUUGAAGAAUUCUAGCCCCUAAGCUCAACUUUCCCUUCACAGUUUCAGAGAUGUUUGGUGCUAAUCUCACUGCAGUUUCAUGAAAAAUAGAAGAACGAUCAGUUAUUGUGAGAAGAAAAAACUCAGAAUCUUAUGAAAUUCAGGAUCAUUCUCAACCUUAAUAGAAGCAAGAUGAAAACUUACCAUGUUCUCGAACUCCAUUUACAAAACUGUCAGCCUUCUUCCCAAGCUUGUUCAUCCUAUCAGUCACUGAAUCUCCUUGAUCUGCAAAUUCAAGACAAUCCCAUUAGUAUACAGAACAUCUAUUUCAUAGAACAUCAUUGGCCAAUCUAUAGAGAAAGAAAAAGAGAGACGCACCGGGAGGAGAGGGAGUCUGGUGUCGUGUAGGAGGUUCAAGGAAAUAUCCUUUUCCUGAACCCUCAACCGGGUAUGCUGAUGAGCUGACCGGGAUACCGAUGACAUGUUCUGGGUGUUGGUUCUUCAUUGUUGAUGAACUUCUUUGAUCGACUUGUCUGCAAAAACGAGUGGUGAAUGAGCUCUACUGUCAGAGCUCGGAAAAUUUGCCUUCUUGCCACGGCUGAUGAGAUCACCUAUUCUGGGGUGUAUUUAAAAGUAUAAAAAGAAUGGUAUCUUCACUUUCUGCUGCCCCAAUCACUAGUGGCUCAUCAACAAGAAUAAAGGCAUAUCCAUGGACACUGAAAAGAAAUGUCUUUCGCAAAAGAUGCAUAACUGAGAAGAUGUUGUGUUGGGUGGGUUGCUUUUAAAAGAGCUUGUAGAAAGGUCCAAGUCUUCUUUUAUAAAAUUCUCCAUGAUAUCAAAUGAAAGGUACAUUCAGGUUAAGUAAGGAUGUUUCUUGUCUUGCAAGAUUUGAUGGGUUAUUAGUUAAUGAUUUAUUUAGCAUUUUAUUUCUUCA